AUGAUUCCUGAAUCAGACAUGGUUUUUGUGCCACAACGUUUUGAUUACAGCGAGCAACAAAAAGCAACCCUUCUGGCUGAUAAAAAAGAAUUAGGAUCAUUUUUUUGGAUGUCACUAGAGAAUGGAAACCUGGAGGGUGUGGCUGAUCAGGCUUUGCUUCUGCUCACCCAAAUGAAACGAAAUCCAGAUGUUAUGCCUCCGUAUAAUGAGGAAGCGAUGCGUGCUUGCAUUGCCAAAAUGAACGAACUAUACAAUUUAAAUAAUGAAUGUGUAACUCGCUUACGAUCGCAAGGCGAGAGAGCAAGUCGUGAGCUUGAGGCAUUGAUGAUCUGCCGAAAUGAGGCUUUGCAGCACAUCCGGAGAUGUUGUUUGGCAUACAUUCACGCCAGAGCUGAGAGAAUACGAUCUUACCGGUGGCGAUUAGGAGGGGUACUUCCCGCAUCCAUAAAGAACAACUUAUGCGAAGCGGAAAUAGAGUUCUUCAAUGAGUACUCUAGCAGUCUGGCAGAAUUUCAAGCUAGUAUAGGGGAAAAUGGCGUAAAUCUCCUACUGAGUACACAUCCUCCAAAGGCGCUCUAUGUUCAGGUUUUUCAUAGCGUCGUCUCAUUGCUCUAA